AGGAGGGGACAGACGGUACGCACCGCAUCUGACGUCAGAAUCUUGCUACAAAGAUAAGCCGGGAGGCUUAAUAUUAAGUACAAUGUUCGUCCUUCUAAGAAGAGAGAUCGAGCUCCAGCGGCCUCGGGGCGCUGAGCACCUGAAGGGGGAUUUAACAGACCACACCGCUUCACGACACGUACCUGAUAUACACCUCCGUCCUUUCGUGCGCGAAGUCUGGAGCAGUCCGCGGAGCACAGCUAAAUAAUAAUAAUAAUAAAAACUAUGAGGGGAGCGACUGAGUUCUGCCGUUCAGCCAUGUGCGUAAUGAGAGGCAGCCUGAAAUAAUUCUCCUGCCGCCAUAGAAACGCAGAGAGAGACAGACAGAGAGAGAGAGAGAGGAAACAUGGGAAUGGCGAGUGAGGAUCUGCUGGUGACACUCCAGAUACUACCCGGUUUCUUUUCAAACUGUCUUUUCCUGGUCCUGUACGACUCCGUGGUGCUGGUGAAGCGCGUCGUGUCGCUGCUCAGCAGCUCCAGAUCCGCCGGCUCUGGAGAGUGGCGCCGCAUGUUGACCUCAGCGGGGCUCCGCUCCAUCUGGAACAGCUUCCUCCUGGACGCCUAUAAGCAGGUGAAGCUUGGCUGCGAAGCACCCAACUCUAAAGUGGUGAAGGUGCCCGAUGGUUGUUGUAGCAGCAAUAUCAGUAGUAUGACCAAUGUGCCAACUGGUGCCAGAAUCCGAAAUGGGGAUGAGUGCCGCCUUCUGGACUUUGAGUCAUCAGAUCGCCCUCUGGUGGUCAACUUUGGCUCAGCCACCUGACCCCCCUUCAUCAGUCACCUGCCAGCUUUCCGGAAGUUGGUGGAGGACUUCAGCGAUGUGGCUGACUUCCUGUUAGUGUACAUUGACGAGGCUCACCCGUCAGACGGCUGGGUGGCCCCUCCUAUGGGCUCUUACUCUUUCAGUGUACGGAAACACCAGAACCUGGAAGAGAGGAUGGGAGCGGCGCGCAAACUCAUUGAGCACUUCUCCCUGCCGCCGCAGUGCCAGCUGGUGGCCGACUGCAUGGACAACAAUGCCAAUGUGGCUUACGGUGUGUCCAACGAACGGGUGUGCAUAGUGCAGCAGAAAAAGAUUGCCUACCUGGGCGGUAAGGGGCCUUUUUUUUACAAUCUGAAGGAUGUGCGGCAAUGGCUGGAACAGAGCUUUGGUAAACGGUUGGUGUAAUCAAGGACGAGUCCAGAGGAGGACAUUUCCCUGUCUUCAGUGAGGAAAUAAAAAAAAUCAUUCCAUUUUAAAAGGCAGAACUGUGAAGCAGUCUUUUUUUUACUUUUGAAAUCAGGCCAACUUUUCACACACCAGUCUUUGCAAACUGAGAUGAACGUGUUAAAAGCGUGCACUGGUGAUCCACAUUGACUAGGCAGCAAGUUGAUUGGAUGCAACAUGAAGGCGACAGUCUACGUGCUUCAUCUGUAUUUAUGCCUGCUUUUGCUGCUAAAAUCCUAUUUUUACAUGAUUUCCAUUGAAAUUGAAAACCAAAUAACUGAAAUAGGGAAGAAAAAUCACAAAUUCCUAUUUCCCAACUAUGUUUGAUAAAGGAAUAGGUUUGUAAGUAUUUUAUGGAGAUCUUAAUAUUAGAUUUUUUUUUUUUUUUUUUUUUUUUUUUUUACUGUGGUCAAAUGUUUUUAUG